CGGUCCAUACUGAGAAGACCUUCGGAUCAGCUGGAUGGCGAUAAGACUCAGACGUUAGAGUUCUUCUUGGUUGUUUCUACAUCGGCUCUCGGAGUGUGAAGGAAGCCUUUUUGCGCUGCGGUUGCUGCUGGGGACCUGAAAAAUGUCGACGCACUUGUACCAGAUGACCACCAAGCUGUUCGGGGUCACUGUGGGUAAAAUGAACGAGAACUUUACCUCCCUGGUUCUGGCAGCCUCGGUUUUCACUCUGACUGUGGGUUAUUUCUCCAAACGGCUGCUCAAGGAGUCUGCAGACAGAGACGUGAAAUAUCCACCCUACAUUCCCUCCAGCAUCCCUUUCCUUGGACAUGCCAUUGCUUUUGGAAAAAGUCCAAUUGAAUUUCUAGAAAAUGCAUAUGAAAAAUAUGGUCCCGUGUUCAGUUUCACCAUGGUGGGGAAAACCUUCACCUACUUGUUGGGCAGUGAAGCAGCCACACUAAUGUUCAACAGCAAGAACGAAGACCUGAACGCAGAAGACGUCUACUCCAAACUGACAACCCCAGUGUUCGGAAAAGGAGUAGCCUAUGAUGUCCCAAACCCUAUUUUUCUGGAGCAGAAAAAGAUAUUGAAAACUGGACUGAACAUUGCUCAUUUUAAGCAGCAUGUCAAGUUAAUCGAGGCAGAAACCAUUGAGUAUUUUAAGAGAUGGGGAGACAGUGGAGAGAGAGACUUAUUUGAGGCUUUGUCUGAGCUGAUCAUCUUGACAGCCAGCAACUGCCUGCAUGGGAAGGAGAUCCGCAGCAUGCUGAACGAACAAGUGGCUCAGCUCUAUGCCGACUUGGACGGAGGGUUCAGCCACGCUGCUUGGCUCCUGCCCACCUGGGUGCCCCUUCCAAGUUUCAGGAAACGAGACAAAGCUCACAGAGAGAUCAAGAACAUCUUCUACAAGGUGAUUGAGAAACGUAGGAAAUCAGGAGAGACAGCAGACGACAUCCUGCAGACCCUCAUUGAUGCUAGUUACAAAGAUGGACGGCCACUGACUGAUGAUGAAAUCGCAGGGAUGCUGAUUGGUCUCCUCCUUGCAGGUCAGCACACGUCGUCUACAACCAGCGCAUGGAUGGGGUUCUUCCUGGCCCGGGACAAAGCUCUGCAGGAUCGCUGCUACGCCGAGCAGAAAGCUGUUUGUGGACAAGAUCUGCCGCCGCUUGACUUUGAUCAGCUGAAGGACCUGAACUUGUUGGAACGCUGUCUGAAGGAGACCCUGAGACUCCGCCCACCUAUAAUGACCAUGAUGAGAAUGGCUCGCACAUCUCAGACUGCUGCGGGAUACACCAUCCCCGUUGGGCACCAAGUCUGCGUGUCCCCGACCGUCAACCACCGUCUGCAUGACACCUGGGUGGAGAGGAUGGAGUUCAACCCUGAGCGCUACCUCAACGACAACCCUGCUGCAGGGGAGAAGUUUGCUUACAUCCCGUUUGGUGGCGGGCGCCACCGCUGCAUCGGGGAGAACUUCGCCUACAUCCAGAUCAAGACCAUCUGGUCCACGUUGCUGCGCAUGUACGAGUUCCACCUGGUGGACGGAUAUUUCCCCACAAUCAACUACACGACGAUGAUUCACACCCCGCAUAAUUCAAUCAUCAGAUACAAGAGGAGGAAGCAGUGAGAUGCAGGGCAGAUAAUGAGGAAACUAUAGACUUUCAUGAACUUGCAAUGUUUUUGUUUUUAAUGGAAGCUCUGGCAGCCUGGGACUUAAAUUGAAGAAAAUGCAGAUGUAUGCACUCUGAAUGCUCCCAAUGUCAACCCUGUUUUAGGUCUGAAGACUGUUCAUAAUCAGAAUGACAGCAUAACCGCAUCAUUUUAGAUGCUUUCUGUGUAAAACACACAAAGCCCCAGCUUUAAAACUCAUGUGAGUUUUCAUAAAGGGAAAUCAAUGUGCCCUACAAUGGGAGGACAAGUUUAUUGACUUUUAUUAAGAGAGUCUGAAUAUAAAUGUUUUCCUUAACUGUUUCUCUGCAAUCUCUUACUCUGUGAAAUCUGAAAAAUCAGUCAAACAUCCACUUAUUUGAUUAAAAAAACAUGUAAACAAGAGUUAGGUUGAUGCAUACUUCACACCUCUAUUCAUACUUUGCUUUAAUCUGUACUUCUGUUGGUCCACCCUUCCUGUUUUUCUAAGAACACAGGAAAAUUGUAACUACAGUGCCUUGCUAAAGUAUUUACACCCCUUGAACUUGUUCUCAUUUUGUCACAUCUCAACCCCAGACUUCUAUAUAUUCUGUUUAGAUUUUUUGUAUUAAACCAACACAAAGUAACAUAUAAUUGGUGAAUGGAAAGAAAAUAAUCAAUGUUUGUUCUUUGCAAAAAAAAUAUUUUUAAUUGUGUGGUGCUUGUAUGUAAUCAGACCAUUUUAAUCUUUUACACCUAAAUAAAAUCCAGUCCAAUACAUAA